CCUACCUACCGUGUAUUUUGCGAUAUUAUGCAAUGCUUGAAGAUAGUGUGUUAAACUGGUUAUGAAUAAUACUGACAGUUAUACAUUUAACAUAAUUAAACGUAACUGAAUUUUAUCACACUGAAGACAAAACGGAAUUUUAAGAAACAAAUAUACAAAGGUACAUUUGUUAGCAGGCCAGCUAUUGUCCAUGGCAGAUAACAAGUCAUAUUUGUUACACUUUGAAGACAGGGUCCCAUGCAGCAGUCAACAGCCACUCAAAUACUACACUGAUUUUGCUGGAACUUACAAUCAGGACUGUGAAAAAUUAGGUACCUCGGGCCCCGCAAAGACUGCAAGCAUUGUGGCGGAUAAUAUUUCUGAAAAUCUACGUGCAAAUGUUCGGGUUUUGGAUGUUGGAGCGGGGACAGGACUCGUCGCUGUCGAGUUGAGGAAUCGGGGAUUCAAACAUAUCGAUGCUUUAGAUCAGAGUGAAGCUAUAUUGAGUAUAGCGAAAGCAUCAGACUUGUAUGAAAACUACAUUGUUGACUAUAUAACGGAAUCACCGUCUGCUACACCAUCUGGUAUAAAUUUAUUAUUAAAUAUUCCUCUGAACAUGAACAAUUGAAUUGAACGCAAAUGGUAAAAGGAGGAUAAAACUGGGUAUACGUUUUCAUUUACGGAAAUGAAAAUACAAGGCCUGAUAAUUAAACAGGAUUGGUUCCUUACAAAAUUCGACUUGAUUGCUUCAAUACACAACUAUAAUAUAUUAACUUUGUCUUGCAGAUAUUCCUAUGACGUCAUAACCGGAUGUAAAAUUUACGCUGAUGAAGGCCACGUGCCAUGUAACGCUUUGGUGGAAAUGAUCAGACUCGUAAAACCCGGCGGGCUUGUGGUCCUUUCAUCACAACAAUAUGCAAUACAGGAUAUUGACGAGUACAAGGGUCUAGAGCCAUCGAUGAACAAAUUGGAAGCCGAAAGGAAAUGGAAGAAGCUUUCACGUGAAAUAGUACCUAAUUUUUACGCAGGGAAAGACGGUGUUGCGUGGUGUUAUCAAGUGUUCUGAAAAGACGUGGGAUAUUUCUCUAUAUCACUCACAGUACCGAAAGAAUUGUUGUUUCAGAAAAAAUAUCUCCCUUGAAUCAUAUUCCUUUGUUGCCGGUGUAAUGAAGUAUUUCGACCCCCAUAGAAUAACGACCCCCGGUCAUUAUUCUAUAGGAAAUGUGACUCCUUUCCUGUAAAAUAUUGACUCCCCUUAUAAACAAGAGCUGUCCAUAAGACAGCCAAGCUCGACUAUUCGAAAUAUUGUCCCAGAAGCAGGAAAAUAUUACCCAAAAUGUUAAAUAUCAAAAGAGUUUUAAGUUCAAAAGGGGAC